AUGGUAAAUUUGAUUAAAAAAUUUGAUAGAUAUGUUCAAAUAUAUGGUAAGAAAUGUUGGACACAAAAGUUGUAUGCUUCUUCUACUACUAUUAUUCAAAUGAUAUCUGAAGAAAGAAAUUGA